CCUGUGGCAUAUGGCGGUUCCCAGGCUAGGGGUCAAAUCAGCAACGCCGGAUCAUUAACCCACUGAGCAUGGGGCUGUCCUCUACCCCUGCCCCUCAUAGAGGAAUGGGGUUAAGGAGUUAUAGAAUCCUGGUUGAAAUCACAGCUUUGUCACUCACUUGCUGUGCCACCUCAGGCAAGUCACUUAACUUCUCUGAGCCUCAGAUUCCUGAUCUACUCACAAGAAGUUAUCAAGAUUUAUGGAGCAGAGUUAAUCGGAGAAGUAAAUGCCGAGAGGGGAGGGAAGGGCUCAUGGACAGUGACACACGGUAGGUGUCCACUGACUUGUGUAAGUCGCAGAUGCUGUUCAGAUCCCGUUUGGCUGUGGCUGUGGUGUAGGCUGGCAGCAAUAGCUCAAAUUUGACCCCUAGCCUGCGAACUUCCAUAUGCCGAAGGCGCGGCCCUAAAAAGCAAAAAAAAUAAAGAUGGGAAACUGAGCCUCAGCCAGAGACUUGGUUGAGAGCCUCUUGGGAGGGCGGCUGUCUCUGACCAGGUGUCUGUCCUCCCCACACUCGUCACGAGAGGGCGCCAGGGCUCAACGAACAGGGUUGGGCCCGCCCUCAUCACCACCCUAGGCACCCCACCCACUGUGGACCCCUCGAGGAGAGCAGGGAACAGUGUGACCCCAGAGUGCUCUGCCCUCCUGUGGGGGGAGAAAGUCGAGCAUGGGCCUGGAAGAGGAGGAGGAGGAGAAAGGGGGAACUAGAAGUGGGGAUUCAAGGGGCCCUCGAGGCUUUUCUCACAGAAACUCCCAGUUCUCCGGCUCAGACACGGAUUCUACCUCUGCUCUCUCGUGAGCAUGCAUGUGUGUGUCUAACGCCCUCUUUCUAUCUCUGCAUAUUUCUUUAUUUGUCUCACUCAAUGAUUCUAACUUUUUCUGUACUGUAUCUCUGUGUGUGUCUAAUGCCCUCUUUCUAUCUCCAUAUGUUUCUUCAUUUCUCUCAUUCAGUGUCUCACUUUCUGUGUUGAGUCUGUGUGUGUCUCCCUUUCUUCUGUCUCCGUCUAAUCAUCAUCUCACUUUCUGUCUCUGCCUCUAUCUUCUCUGCGUGUUCCUGUCUCUCUCUCAGUGUGUCUGCCUCGCUUUGUCUCUGUCCCUCGGUCGUUUUUCCCUCUCUCCGCCUCUAUCUCUUUUUGUUUCUGCCUCCCUGUUUCACGUCCUGGCCCUCCUCACCACCACCAGCACAUGUGGGCUGAGGGUCUCAGGCCCUUCCCUCCCAUCUCCUCACCCCUGGCAGCUGCUCACAGCUUCCCAAUCCUGGCCUCUCCUGCCCGCCCCUCUUGGGCCUUGGGGGAGGGGGGCGAGGGAGGAAGGGAGGGCAGCCCGGUGGGCCCACCCCUUUUUGCCUUUCCAGGCUGGGAGGCUGGGCCAGUGGGCCUUUUAACCAGCCUGGGCAGGCUGGGCCGGACACCAGCCCUGGACACGGUGCCUGGCCUCCGCGGUUCCGGCAGCCGCCAGCCCUGUCAGCAUGCAGCAGCAGCCCCCACCCGGGCCCCCGGCCCCUGCGGCCGAGCCGACCAAGCCUCCCUACAGCUACAUUGCCCUGAUUGCCAUGGCCAUCCAGAGCUCACCGGGGCAGCGGGCCACGCUCAGCGGCAUCUACCGCUACAUCAUGGGCCGCUUCGCCUUCUACCGCCACAACCGGCCUGGCUGGCAGAACAGCAUCCGCCACAACCUGUCACUCAACGAGUGCUUUGUCAAGGUGCCCCGCGAUGAUCGCAAGCCCGGCAAGGGCAGCUACUGGACGCUGGACCCCGACUGCCACGACAUGUUCGAGCACGGCAGCUUCCUCCGCCGACGUCGGCGCUUCACCCGGCGCACAGGUGCCGAGGUCGCCAAGGGCCCUGCCAAGGCACGCCGAGGAGCCCUCAGGGCCACAGGCCAGGACCCAGGAGCCCCCGACGCUGCGACUGGCAGGCAGGGCCCCUUCUCGCCGGAGCUGCCGGAGCCCAAGGGCCUGAGCUUUGGGGGUCUGGUGGGGGCCUUGCCAGCCAGCAUGUGCCCGGCAACCACCGAUGCCAGGCCCCGACCCCCCUCGGAGCCCAAGGAGAUGCCCACAUCCAAGAUGGCAGGCCCAGGAGAGCUCCCUGUAGCCACCUCGUCUUCCCCGUGCCCAGCAUUUGGCUUUCCUGCCAGCUUCUCCGAGGCCGAGGGGUUUAGCAAGGCCCCUGCACCCAUCUUGGCCCCGGAAGCAGCCGUCGGGAGCAGCUACCAGUGCCGGCUGCAGGCGCUGAAUUUCUGCAUGGGAACUGACCCGGGCUUUGAGCACCUCUUGGCCUCAGCAGCCCCCUCCCCUGCACCACCCACUCCUCCAGCCUCACUCCGGGCCCCGCUGCCUCUGCCAGCUGACCCCAAGGAACCCUGGGUUGCAGGCAGCUUCCCUGUCCAGGGAGGCUCGGGCUACCCUUUGGGGCUGACCCCCUGCCUAUACCGGACGCCAGGAAUGUUCUUCUUUGAAUGAAGCCAGCUGACCUCGGGCUGUCCCCCACCAACUGCACCCUCCAGGCCGAGCCUGACUCUAGGAUCUGGGGAGCUCUCAAAGGACGCAGGCCUGGCAAGCCAACAACAGCUGGGACAGGAAGCCGAGAUUGGAGUGGUGACCCCUCAGCCAACCCCCAGGGCCUCGGGACAGACUUGGGGGUGAGGGGAAGCAGGGCCCCAUUGGGACUUACUCUGUGGCUCUCGGGGCCAAUAAAGCCAGUGUGAUGAUGAG